AUGACAUCCGUUGUUAUUUUAUUUCUUUGGCUGCCAAUGUUCAUUCCUCAAUCGUUUGGUUUUAAUGCAUUGAUGAUUAGUAUCGGCGCAGCAGGUCAUGUUAUUCCCAUGUUUGAAUUGGCAAAAGCAAUGAAAAAUCAUAAUGUUACAUUUAUUACUGAACCGCUUGCUCAAUCUUAUAUCAAUUUUAAAUCAUAUUCAAAUUUGUCUUCGUUUCAUCUCAUUUUGACAAAUGAUUCAUCGGAUGUAUUUAAUGAUCACAAGAAAAUGGAAAAAGAAAUAGUUGAAUAUUUUAUAAAUCAUUCACUAUUUGAUAGUACAUCUUAUAUGAUGCCAAUAGUAGGUGCGAGUGUCAACGCGCUAAUGAGCAAGGCAGUGCAUAUGUUAAUGUUGGAACGAUUUGAUGUGAUCAUUGGUAGUUCAUUGGUGAUAGGCCUCCAUGCUUUAUGUAAGGAAGCAAACACAUCAUGCGUGACACAAAUUGCAGAAAUAAUGCCGAAUAUUUUUGAUAUAAAUUUACCAAACAGUUACUCGUUCCUAUCAUCCAAACAAGUAACUGAAUUCAAAUAUCGUAUCUACAAUGUUGCUUUUAGUGUACGCUUCAUAACGAAGUACUUGAAAAAAUGGAUAGAAUCAUUUUUCAUAAUUUUCCAUUCGUUUCCACAAAUACCAGGACCAUUUUAUGAAACUUUUACAUUAAAAAACAUUCUUAGAAAACCCAAAUUUUUACAAUUGAUUAGUGUACCACCAACACUCUAUCCACCAUCGUAUUCACAUCACUGUAUCAAAUAUCUUGGCGGAUUUGUAGAUGAAUCAUCAAUCGACUAUAUCGAUAAUGAUUUUACAAGAUGGAUCAAAUCAAAGGCUAUUAAUUCAAUUGUCUAUGCAUCUUUUGGUAGUACUGGCUUAAUUAAAUUCGAUCGAAUGAAAAAUUUAAUCAAUGGUCUAGCCGAAUUUCUUAUACAAACACACGAUGCUUCUGCUUUACUGGCAUUUCGUAAUACCAAUUAUGAUACAUAUCAAAUUGUCCUCAACGAAAUGAAAAAUGAUGAAUAUCGACGUAUUCUGUUGGAUGAUCAACGGGUUAAAGUUGAAAAUGGAUUUGUUCAACAAAAAUGGAUUUUACAACAGAAUUCCGUUUAUCUAUACAUAAGUCAUUGUGGUAUGGGUUCAAGUGUAGAAGGACUUUACUUUCAGAAGCCUAUAUUAUGCUUGCCACUACAUACGGAUCAAUUUGCCAACGCAAUUACGAUCGAUUAUUCGGGAGUCGGACAAUCGUUAUUUCUGCUACCAUCUCCGUUACAAUCAUUUUUGAAUCCGAUUGACUUUCAUGAUUAUAUAUUUUCAGCUAGUAGUGUGACAAUAAAACUAGCAACAAUGUGGAGAAACAGUACGUACGAGAAAGCAGUUCGAAUCAUGUCAGCUGAAAUGAAACAUGCUGGUGGUGUGAGACGAGCUGUGGAAGAAAUUGAAUUCUUAGUCAAUUUAAAUGGUAAUUUAGAUCGCUAUGCACCAUUUCAGAGUACACUACCGUUCUAUCAACGAUAUAUGCUUGAUUUAGUAAUCGUUUAUAUUGUUUUGCCCCUAGUGAUCAAUGUAUGUUUAUUUUUUAAAUGUCGCAAUCGAAACCGAAAGAAAAAAAUAGAUUGA